GAUUGUAGGCCCGGCGGUUAUAAACGCUUUUUACAAUCCGUCUAGCAACGAGAUGGUGUACCCGUCGGGCAUACUUCAAGGUGCCUUCUUUCAGCACGGUCUUCCACGUUCACUUAACUUCGGCGCAAUCGGUGCUGUGGUUGGGCAUGAAAUGACACAUGGCUACGACGACAAAGGAAGCCAGUAUGAUGCGGACGGUGCAUUGAAGCAAUGGUGGACCAAUGAAACCCGUACGGAAUUCAACAAUAGGGCGCAGUGCUUUGUCUACCAAUACAGUAACAUCACGGACAAAACGACCAACAUGACGCUCAAUGGGGCAAACGCUGUCGGAGAAAACAUUGCAGACAACGGUGGCCUGCGCAUGGCCUUCAAGGCGUACGAAAGACUGCUGCAAGAUGAAUGCAAUGGCGAGGACACCCGCCUACCUGGACUGACACACCUGUCAGGAAAGAAGCUGUUCUUCAUCGCGCAGGCAAUGGUGUUGUGCCGUUUAAGCAGAGCGGAGUGGUUGAAGCACAUCAUUCAGUAUGACACACACUGUCCAAGUCAAUACAGAGUCGAAAUGCCCAUGAAAAACUUGGAGGAAUUCUCCACCGUAUUCAACUGUCCAGCGAAUUCGUCGAUGAAUCCACCCAAAAGGUGCAGGUUAUGGUGAAGUGUAUUCCAGGGCUUAAGAAAAGAUCUAGUCACUAA